UGAAUACUACAGCAGCGGACGUCGAUAAAGUCAUUCCCUCACACGGGUCCGACUAUUUCUCGACCUCUCACCAUACAGAUAGUCUGCUACCGCAGGUGAUCACUCGGUGUGCUCCGUUCAGCUGAUCUAGUCAACCAACGCGCCCCUUACUGCCGACCAAUGUGCAGAUAAUUUUAUUUUCAACUCCGAGUGUGUCGUGUUCGUAUGAGGACCACUUAACGGCUGCUAACGAAGAAUUGUUCUUGUGAUUUUGAUAUUUUUUCAAUACAAAGAUUUAAAACACUUUGUACCAAUUCGGCCUGUUGUUUUUUUACACCAAUUGGCGAUUUUGCCAUAUCUCUCACGUUCAUAUGAUUGACAAAUGCAUACAAUUCGUGAUAAUGAUACCAAUAACUUAAUCCUGUUUAUGAACAACUUAGAAUGAACCCUAAUUGAAGGAUAUUUUUGGCAUUUGGUGUAUGAUUUUCGUCUUCUGCCUCGCAAGUUUCAUCUGAAGUGAGUGACUGUUCAGCAUACAGUAGUGGUACUUGACUAUGCGCCAGAAAUUCUGAAGUGUGCAUCUCUAGCUGUGUCACUUAAUUAACAUGAACCAGGGAUGCUAGCUGUCAGAUGCAGUCUUCAAGGCGUCUCAUCGUACCAUUUGGACUCCUCAUUCUCAUCCAGUCAGUGAACCAUCUGUGUCAUCCUUCAGGUCAGUGAGUCUGGAGCAGUCAGGUUUCUUCCAAGAUGCCGCCUCAGAAAGACCGUAUUGUCAACUUCAUUGUUGGUCCUACCAAAGGCGGACAGAAUCAUCUUGGGGAGGAUGGCGAGGUUCAUAUGACUGGGGUCCGUAUGUAUACCCCAAAGUCAAGUUGUAGUCGACUUACUCGUAUCAAGACUAUUGCUGUCAUUGCUGUGUGCCUUGUCUUAAUCCUCACGGCUUGUCUGCUAGUCUCACUGAUCGGUCGACAAAACGAAACUUGUGGGGGCCUUGGGACUGGAUUGAGUAGUAACCAAACCGACAAAGGUGAGGUACGGGUAUCUCCAAAACCUGAGGUGACCAGUGUUGGACUUGCCACUCCAGGAGAUACCAUUGAACCUGUCACCAAUCCCCUUUGGCAAACCUUCCGCCUUCCCACCUCUCUCAAACCACUCCAUUACGAAUUGGAGUUACGCACUGACAUUUCGGACAACACCUUUGCGGGGGCGUUGGCGAUACACUUCCUCUGUCGCACUCCCACUCGCUUCAUUUUGUUACACAGCUCCGGACUGCACAUUGUCUCGAUUCAGCUCGAUGAAACUGCCACAACCACAGACGGUGGACCUAGGCUAAGCAAGGCGCCUAAGAUAACGGGCGAUCCGGAGUUCUACCGACCCUUUCAUUUCAUGACUCUGACUCUAGAUGGACAGUUACAGCAGGGUCAUAUUUACACGCUCAGAAUCAGAUACCAUGCUGAAUUUAGCGAUAAUCUUGGAGGCUUAUACGUCAGCAAGUAUGAGACCAAGCAAGGACAAACCAAGUACAUUGUGGCGUCCUUUCUCUCACCAAACGGGGCUCGGAACGUGUUUCCUUGCUUUGACGAACCUGCCUUCAAAGCUAACUACACUGUGACCAUCGUACAUCCAGUCGGGUACCGUGCUCUGUCUAACAUGCCAGAAGUACGGCGUGAAGCUAGAGAAGAAGGCUGGAACGCCACCUACUUCCAAACCACGCCCAAGAUGUCGACGUACCUAGUAGCGUUUGUAGUAUGUGAUUUCUGGCAGAAGAGCAGGACUGUGGACAAUAGAGUGUUUAGCGUGUGGGCUAGAGAAGAUGUUUUCAACGACACAACGUUUGCCCUAGAGUAUGGCACGCGAGCGUUUCGAUUUUUGGAGAAAUACAGUGGUCUUGAAUAUCCUCUGCCUAAAUUGGACAUGAUUGCUUUACCGGAGACCAUAUCAGGAGGGAUGGAAAAUUGGGGCUUGUUGAUCUUCCGUGAGUCGUACAUGCUGCUUAACCAAGAGGAAACACCCAGUAAGAAGAUACAAGAGGUGGCCACAGUCAUAGCGCAUGAGAUUGCCCAUCAGUGGUACAGCAAUUUGGUAACCCAAGAAUACUGGGGAGAGCUUUGGUUGAAGGAAAGCUUCGCCAAUCUUCUAGCUCAUCUUGCUCUGGAUCACAUUUACCCCAAUCGGAAAAUGAUGGAUGAGUUAAGUUUGGCCGGGGAAGAGUUUUUGAGAGUCAUGGAGCUAGAUGCCCAGCCAACCUCUCACGCCGUACAGCCGAACAUUAACGACAUCAGCGCUAUUCUCAACAACUUUGACUUGACGAGUUAUUACAAGAGUGAAGCAGUGCUUCGUAUGUUGCGAUAUAUACUGGGACCAGACUUGUUUCAGAGCGGACUUACAACAUUUCUUCAAAACAGAGCCUACAGCAACGUCAAGGCGACUGAUUUAUGGGAUGCAUUAUCCACGGCAUUACGGGACACGGGCGUCGACCUCAAUAUCACUGCCUUCAUGAGUCCAUGGAUUAUGCAGAUGGGCUACCCAGUCAUCAAGCUGACACGUGAAUAUCAAACGAGAUUCGUCAGUAUUUCACAGGCGCCAUUUUUCUUGCAACCAGUCGCCACUGAGUGUCUGCCCACAUCUCCAUACGGGUAUCAAUGGAAUAUACCAAUAAUGUAUUCAUACGCGGACCAAAUCACCCCACCUUCGAUAAUCAUUCUCGGUAACGAAUCAGCUUCCUUCAGUAUGCCAGAUAUUGGCCCCCAUCAGUGGAUUGUGGCAAACAGUAAACGGACGGGAUUCUUCAGAACAAAUUACGACGAAACCAAUUGGAAUUUGAUCAUCAAGCAACUUCUUGAAGAUCACGAGGUAAUCAGUACAGCGGAUCGAGCAAUGCUGAUAGAUGAUGCAUUCCACCUGGCAACUGCUGGUCGUCUUAGCAUCACUGUAGCACUGAACCUGACUAGGUACCUGACUAAAGAACGAGAAUACGUGCCCUGGAAAGUCACCCUGGAGAUCCUUGGUUACGUCUCACGAAUGCUUAGCUUCACUUCCGCCUUUGGAAAUCUGAAGAAAUACAUGGUGCAACAGUUGUUGCCCGCUUAUGAGGACAUCGGCUGGAAUGACACGGCGUCUCACCAAGGAAGAUUAUUGCAGAUGGAGAUUCUGGAAGCAACUUGUUUCUAUGGCAACGAGGACUGUACAUCUAAGGCCAAAAGUCUUUUCGUGAAACACCUAAAAUACGGGACCAGAGUGCCACCAAACUUCAGGAAUUUCGUGUACUUGAUUGGAGUAGCUAAUGGUGACGGCUCGACGAGAGACUACGCAUGGCAACAAUACCGAAACGGCUCAGCGGGCGAGAGGCAACAGUGGCUGAGGGCUUUGGCUGCGACUAAUGAGCCAUGGAUACUCAGCAGGUACAUGGAGCGAUCCCUGAAUGAAAGUUUUGUGCCGCGACAAGACACUGUCGAAGUUUUCAAAUUUGCCAUCAACGGUCCUUUGGGAGGAUAUCUAGCUUGGAACUUCUUCCGCCAACACUGGGAUAUCUUGAAAGAGAGAUACGCUAAGACGCUGUUCCAGAUGAAUCAGAUCAUUGAUGCAGUCACUCAGUGGUUUAACACAGACUUCCACCUGAAAGAGCUUCAAGACUUUGUGGCCAGCAAGGAGAAGGAACUAACAGGCAUGGCGGGGCUGAGCAAUUUCAGACAAGCGGAGGAGAUUACGAAAGUCAACAUCCGCUGGAUGAAGAAUAACUAUGAAGAGGUCAAACGGUGGUUAGAGGAGGCUGUUUCCGGUGGCCAUUCCAUCAGCAUGGUCACGGGUGUGGUAACGAAACACUCGAUGGUCCUUCUCGCCGUAGCCUUCAUAUUGAUGGAUGUGAUGGUCGGCGUGAAGGGAGGGAUUUUACCGAAAGUGGAAAAGAGGGAAGCAGAUGACGUCAAGCAGCCGUGGGAGUCGACGCGGCUACCUGAGACCCUGCGACCCAUCUCCUAUGAUCUAAAAGUCAGAACCGAUCUGACUAACUCCAUCUUCACCGGUUCCGUCAGUGUCUUGGUAGAAUGCUUGCAAGACACUAACGUAAUACUGAUUCACAGUAAGGAACUGGUCAUCAGCGGAGGGAAGACAACCUUGACACGACAAGGUAGCGGGACCAAAGCUCCUGAGUUGGCUAAAGAUCCGUGGCUGUACACAGAUAACCAGUUUGCUGUGAUCGAACUGAAUGGCGAACUUGAUAAAGGAGCACAGUAUCGGCUGUACAUGGAGUUUCAAGGACCGUUGAAGAAUGACUUACUGGGCUACUACAAGAUGUCCUACAAGACUGCCUCCGGAGAGGAAAAGUACCUGACGAGUACCUUCUUUGAUCCAGUGGACGCCCGUAAAGCUUUCCCAUGUUUUGAUGAGCCUGAUCUCAAAGCUAUCUUUACUAUCACCCUGGAGCAUGAGCCUGAGUACCACGCCCUCUCCAACAUGCCCAAAAGACGUCCAGAUAAACAACUUAAAGAUGGAUGGAUUACAGCGACUUUUGAAGAGACCGUUGUCAUGCCAACGUAUCUCGUUUGCUAUGUCAUCAGUGAGUUCAAGGCAAAGUUUAAAAACACGACUAAUGGCGUUAAAUUUGGCGUAUGGGCCCGGGAAGAUUUCAUCGAUCAAGUGGACUAUGCGCUCGAUAAAGGGGCGGCCAUAUUGGAUCACUUCGAUACCUUGUUUGGAGAUGAGAAUAAAUAUCCUCUGCCUAAAAUGGAUAUGAUUGCCUUGCCGGACUUCAUGGUUGGUGCCAUGGAGAACUGGGGAUUGAAUACAUACGGCGAGAGGGAGCUGUUGUACAAGGAAGGAGAGACGUCAGAAAAACAGAAGUAUCCAAUCUGUACACUUAUUGCUCACGAGUUAGCCCAUCAGUGGUUUGGAAACUUAGUGACGACGAAGUGGUGGGACUCUGUUUGGUUGAAUGAAGGUUUUGCCAGCUAUGUUGAGUAUGAAGGAGCUAAAUUUGUAGAACCAGAAUGGGAAGUGUUGGACAAGUUUAUUUUGUAUGAUCUUCAUCCUGCCAUGGCAAUGGAUGCACAAGUUACCUCAAGACCAAUUGUCAUCGACGUCUUGACACCCUCAGAGAACAUCAUGAUGUUUGAUAAAAUCACUUAUCUGAAGGGUGCCUGCAUUCUGCGUAUGAUGAAACAUUUCUUAGAAGAGCCAACUUUCAGAAAAGGACUCAAGUACUACCUGAACGCAUUGCAAUAUGGUAAUGCAGAAAACAGUGAUGUGUGGGUCUACAUGGACAAGGCAGUGCAAGAAGACAGUGUAGAUCUUGGGGAUGGACUUGAUGUAGCAACCAUUAUGGCAACCUGGACACUUCAGAUGGGCUUUCCAUUCAUCAAAGUAGAGAGAAGCUACAAUGGUGCUCGUGCAGUCACAGCUACAGUGAAGCAGAAACGCUUCCUGUCUGAUCCUAACUCAAACACGUCUACAAACUACCCAGAUUUGGGUUACAAGUGGUAUGUGCCAUUGACUUACACGAGUGCAAGCAGUGCUGAUUUUGAUUCACCAAGAAGCAUGUGGCUCAAACCACAAGAUGAGGAUGUUACCUUACAGAUUGCAGGAGGCAGUGAUGAUGAAUGGUUGCUAGCAAAUGUCGAAAAGCGAGGAUUUUACCGUGUCAACUAUGAUGACAGGAACUGGGAGUUACUCAAGGUUCAACUGGACACUGAUCACACAGUGAUUCCAACAGCCAGUCGAGCUUCUCUCAUCAGUGAUGCCUUCAGUCUGGCAACAGCAGGAGAGAUCAACCACCGUACUGCCCUGGAUAUGACCAGCUACUUGAAGGCCGAAAGAGACUAUGUCCCUUGGUAUGCUGCUGACCAAGCCUUGGGGAUGAUCAAAAGAAACAUUCGAAGGAGAGGGGCUUCUGCUAACUUCAAGAAAUACAUGAGAGGACAGGUCAGCCUGCUGUUUGAAUAUAUUGGAUGGGAUAAUGAAGGGGACCAUCUAAAAAGAAUGAGCCGUGGACUUGCUGUCAGUAUGGCAUGUCGCUAUGGCAACGUAGAUUGUCGACACAUGGCAGUGAACCUGUAUGCAGAGUUAAUGGAAAACGGAGAUCAAACCUUAAUGUCUCCGGAUGUGCUAGGUACUGUGUUUUGUACAGCUAUUGCAGCAGGAGGUUCAGAUGAGUGGUACUUUGCCUUUGAUCUCUACCAGAACCCCAACACAAGUACCUCAGUCAAGCAAGCAUUGCUGACAGCCAUGGCCUGCACCAGUAAAUCAUGGAUUCUAAGACAGUACCUAGACAGUAUCUUGAACAGUAGUAUCAUCCGAAUGCAAGAUGGACCAACCGUUUUAAAAGCAGUCGCUGGGAAUCCUUUUGGCUUACCACUGGCUUGGGAUUUCUUCCGAGCAAACUGGGACUUUAUAAGAACUGCGUAUGGUGACAUCGUGUUUGUCCUUGAUUCACUCAUCGGUAGUCUUUUGUCUAACUUCAACACGGAAUUCGAACUACAAAUGGUGAAGCAGUUUAUUGCAGACCACCCAGAUCAAGGCUCAGGUGCACGACCAUUUGCUGAAGCUGUAGCUGUCAUUGAGACUAACAUCCGAUGGAUCAACCUAUACUACAAAGACGUAGCGGAUUGGCUGAAAGAAGCUGUCAAGGAACCGUGGGAAAGGAGUCGUCUACCAGACACCAUCCUGCCCAUCUCGUACGACCUCAAGAUCCGAACAGACCUGACCAACUUUGUCUUCAAUGGCUCUGUGGAUAUCUUAAUUGAGUGUCUUAAAAUGACAGACAUCAUUCUCAUACAUAGUGGUGGCUUAACCAUCUCUGACAAUGCAACUACACUAACACAGCAGGAUGGUGGACCAGCCCCAAGAUUUAAGUCUCCACCAUGGCGGUAUUAUUACAACGAUUAUCUAGUGAUGGAGCUAGACUCUCUCCUUGAAGCAGGCACUAAGUACUGGCUGCAUCUUGACUUUACAAGCUUCUUGAUUGAUGGCUGGAGUGGUUAUUACUUGAGUAGCUACGUCCCAAAAUCUGGUGAGACAAGGUACCUAGCAAGCACGUUAUUUCCUCCGACCUUUGCUCGGGAGGCUUUCCCAUGUUUUGAUGAACCUGACAUGAAAGCUACCUUUACUAUCACCCUGGAGCAUGAGCCUGAGUACCACGCCCUCUCCAACAUGCCCAAGAGUCGUCCAGAUCAGGAACUUGAGGACGGAUGGAUUAAAGCGACCUUUAAGAAAAGCGUUGUCAUGUCAACGUACCUUGUCUGCUAUAUCAUCAGUGAUUUCAAGGCCAAGUUUUUGACCUCUCAAAAUGGUGUGGAGUUGGGUGUUUGGGCCCCGGAAGAUCUUAUGAACCAAACUCACUAUGCUCUUCAAAAGGGAGUGGAAAUUCUAGACUACUUCGAUGACUUGUUUGGAAUGGAUGUCCAGUAUCCAAUAGCUAAAUUAGAUAUGAUUGCUUUGCCACACCUUGCUGCUGGAGCCAUGGAGAAUUGGGGUCUAAUAACAUAUCCAAAGCGUAAUCUCUUGUAUGAGGCGGGAGUGUCAUCUGAACGUUGGAAAGAAAGAGUGUGCACUUACAUUGCGCAUGAGUUAGCUCAUCAGUGGUUUGGUAACCUAGUGACAGCCAAAUGGUGGGAUUAUGUGUGGUUGAAUGAGGGCGUCGCUGGGUGGUUGGAGUAUGUUGGAGCAGCGUAUGCAGAACCAGACUGGAAAUUGUGGGACAAGUUUGUUGUUUCUGAGGUUCAUAAAGCGAUGGAAACGGAUGCAUUGCCUACAUCACGACCACUUGUCAUCAAAAAGACAAGAUAUGGACUUUCUGACGCGUUCAGUCGAAUAAUUUAUACAAAGGGUUCAUCACUGAUGCGUAUGGCAAGCAAUUUCGUUGGUCAAGACACAUUCUUAAGAGGCCUUAAGUCAUACCUCAGAGCUCUGCAGUAUGGGAAUGCUGAGAACAGUGACAUGUGGUAUCAUGUGAACAAGGCAAUGGCAGAGGAUGGUGUUGAUCUUGGAGAUGGAAUAACUGACAUGGCAACCGUCAUGGACUCAUGGACCAAUCACAUGGGCUUCCCCGUUGUCACGGUAACAAGGACAUACUCUGGGCAAGCCAAUAAGAUCACUGCUUCAGCUACACAGAAGAGAUUCCUAGCAGACCCGACUUCAGACACAACGUCAACAUACCCAGACCUUGGAUACGUAUGGCACAUUCCCUUGACUUUAACUGCUGGAGCUAAUCCCAACUUGGCUAAUCCUGAGCUUCGUUGGAUGAGACCUGAAGAUCAAACCACGGAAGUUGUCCUGCAUGGUGCUGGUGGUGACAGUAACUGGUUUUUGGUCAACGUUAAUCAGACAGGAUUUUACAGGGUCAACUAUGAUGAGACAAACUGGGCCUUACUUAGUGCACAGCUACAGGCAGACCACAUGGUGAUUCCCAUAUCGAGUCGUUCAGCCCUCCUCUAUGAUGCCUUCAGCUUGGCCAGGGUUGGAGAUCUUAGCCAGACCAAAGCAUUGGAUCUAACAUCUUACUUGGAUGAGGAAAGAGACUAUAUUCCUUGGGUUGCUUUCAAAAGAGUUGUGGAGUAUGUCAGUGAGAAUUUGGCCUUGGAGGAUGCUAAUGAGAAGUUUAUGGAGUAUGUGAGGAGUAAAGUCAGCCCGAUGUAUGAGUACGUAGGCUGGGAAGAUGGAGGUGAUGAUGAUGAUCAUAAUAAGGGGUUGGCUCGUGUUGAAAUCAUUGAUAUGGCUUGUAAGUACGGCAAUGAGGACUGUGUGAGUAGAGCUGCCAGGAUGUAUGCAGAUUGGAUGAUGACCAAUAAAACAACCACUACGAUUGCAUCCGAUCUUCAAAAGAUGGUGUUCUGCACAGCCAUCGCUGCAGGUGGACAGAAAGAAUGGAACGCAGCCUACUCAGCUUAUUAUGAUCCUAACAUCGACUUCUCCCUCAGGAAUAUAUUGGAAAAGGCCAUGGGAUGCAGCCAGAACAGAGAAAUCUUGGAAACAUAUCUGCGGACAGUUCUGAAUUCCACCCUAGUGCCAAGCAGAGAUGGUCGAUACGUUAUCUCAGCCAUUGCUGGUAAUCCAGUCGGAAGGACCAUGGUGUGGAAACUUGUUGCAACUGAAUGGGACUUCUUUAAGACUAUGUAUGGACUUCAUGUGGUUAAAGUGGUGACUUCAGACUUGAACACCGAGGCCCAGCUUGAGCAGGUGAAGCAAUUCCAAGCAGACCAUUAUGAAGAAGGGAGGGAUGUAUAUGACGCAUUCGCCAAAGCAAUCGCUGUAAUAAGAGCUAAUGUCCGAUGGAUGGAUGGAAGCUAUAACGAUGUCGCUAAUUGGCUCAAGAAGGUUGUGUAUUAGGGUCUUUAACUCAGUCAACCUGAGCAUUAACAUGAGGCAAAAACAUUUGUAGACAAGUGCGUUUUAAAACCGGAAAGUAAAAUACUCUUUGAAAAGUUGAGGAAUAAGCAGAAAAUCCACUGAUAUGGAGUGAAUGUUUGAAAAAAAAUUAAUAUUCCAAACCAUUCCCAUUUUUUAACUGAGGGAGAAACUAACAUUUGCAUUUAAACCUUUCUCUUAUUAGAAAGGUUAUUAGUGAACCAGUCACUGUUUUAUCACAUCGAUGGUUCUCGGAGGUCUGUUGAGUUGUUUAUGAUUUCAGUUAUACGUACUAUUUUCAUUUGUGUUUUGCUAGUUUUUGUUGUGUUAGAUAGUGUUUGCAGUUAGAAUUGUAAUCGUUUUGUUUAAAUAUUAUGCUGUUUAAAUUUACUUCAAUUGUAUUAUUCGGAUGUUUUUAUAAUCUAAGUGUUAAUUUCAAAGUAUUAGAAAAAGCAUUUCCAUACUUACAAAUGUAUGCGAAUGAAACACAUUAAUUACAAAAUUGUUGCUUGCUUCAAAUUUAAUCUUUUAAGUUGGUACCUUGCAUGCAGUAUUCUGCCUUUGUUUUGUUGCGAAAUUUUAAGUAUAGUAAACAAUCGUUUGUUAAUCUUUGUGUUUUACGGAUCUGAUGUAGUGGCCUUUCUUGAAAUUAAAAUGGAUGUCAUGAUA